UCAACCAGCCGGCUGUUGUCGACGACCAGUACCACCAAGUAGUACCGCAUUUCCUACGAAUUGUGAUAGUACGUUACAUUCGAGCAGUACAGUUCGAAAUUUGUGCGUGUCGGAGCGGAUUUUCGGUACUUCUUGACACAAGUGACGCGUCUUCGUCUAGUCGAGAGUCUGGCUGUCUGUUCCGGUGCUAUCGGUACUACUUGACAACUUGGUGCUUUACCGAACCUGUUACCACAACAUUAGUGACUUGAAGAAAUAAAAUUAAGGAAAUCCUGCCGGUUAAUUACACAAGAAAUAGUUAUUUUAGCUGCCCGUCUAACUGUCAUGAUCGAAGUAACUGGUCUAUUGAAUUAAAAUACAUUAAAGGAAUUCCUUGUGAAAUAGAGUGUUCAACGGUGCGCGAUUUUUGUGAAGUGAUGUGAAACGGUUCAAGAGUAAAACCAUCAAAUGGUCGAUAAACGAUUUUUGGUGAACGAAAAAUGGUAUCUUAUGCAAACUUCUGGGUGCUAUGUUUGUGGAUUAGUGCACUUGUGGCAGUUGUUGUGACAUUUCCGAGGGCAAACCCGGCUCUGGAAAUCCUAGACGAACUCCAUGACGCGGAGAUUUACAAAGCCGUCCUGUCGUCCAUGAACGAUUGGAAGCGAAAGCAGGAGCAGAAGAAAAUCACUAACAGGUUAAAAAGAGAAGACAUAGUUUCAGCUUGCUACAGAGAUUUAGGAUGUUUCGAAGCGUCAGGACCUUUUGGGUAUCUAGACACUGUUCCGGACAAACCGGAAGAUAUAGGUACGAAGUUUUUGAUGUAUCCCGGUAGAAGAAGAAGAAAAAGAGGCUCUCCACCUGCGGAAGUGCCGUUUGAGAAGUUAGAUGACGCGUUUGAAUGGGCCAAAGAUGGUUUUAAUGGUAGUUUACCAACGAAAGUAUUAGUUCAUGGUUUUGGAAGCGAUUGCAACUAUAUUUGGGUUUAUGAAAUUAGAAGUGCACUCAUGGCUGUGGAAGAAGUCAAUAUAAUAUGUGUGGAUUGGAGCAAUGGAGCUGCGCUACCGAACUACGUAAAAGCUUCAGCCAAUACAAGACUGGUAGGAAAACAAUUGUCCCUUCUCCUGAGGGGACUUGUAGAAAAGAAUGGACUGUCGUUGAAAAAGACUCAUAUUAUCGGCUUUAGCUUAGGAGCUCAUAUAGCCGGAUUUGCUGGAUCUGAUCUUGGAAAUUUAAGUAGAAUAACUGGAUUGGACCCCGCAGGUCCUCUUUUCGAAUCUCAGGACCCUCGAGCUCGACUGGACCAAAGUGAUGCUGAAUUCGUCGACGUAAUUCACAGUAAUGGAGAAAAUUUAAUACUCGGCGGUCUCGGAUCGUCACAGCCGAUGGGCCACGUUGAUUUCUACCCUAACGGGGGGCGAAUGCAGAAGGGAUGUAGCCAUUUGUUUGUCGGUGCCGUCAGCGAUAUUAUUUGGUCUAUAGAAGUUCCUAUCGCUGAAUUAGCUGAAACUAUAAUUUCUGAACUUACACAAAAACCUGUAAAUAGAAAUAAUUUUAAUCAAGCUUCAGCAGUAGAAGGCCGUUCGCUGUGCAACCACAGAAGGGCAUACCAUCUUUUCAUCGACUCCGUCUCGCCAAGAUGCCACUUUCCAGCGUUUCCUUGCGAAUCUUAUGAAGAUUUCAUUGACGGAAAAUGUUUCCCGUGUACCGAAGAGAGACAAUGUGGAAAUAUGGGAUAUUACGCUGAUCGAUCCAAAGGAAGAGGACAGCUUUAUUUAAUAACCAGAGAGGAAGAACCGUUUUGUGCUCAUCAGUACCACGUCAAAAUUGAAACAAGUCCAAGUCCCGUUCCUAUAAAGAGCUACGGAAAAAUACAGAUUACUUUGGUUGGUGAGUCCGCUCUAAAUGAGACGUUUAUGAUGACAAGGAAAGACGAUGAGGAGAUGCGUCUUGGAGAAUCUAUAUCCAGAAUGAUAGUUCCACACCCUAUUUUAUCGCAACCUGUUCAAAUAGAAAUACUUUACACGGCCUAUAGUGGUUGGCUUUCUUCUGGAUUAACGCAAUGGAGAAUCAACAAAGUUAUUUUAAUGGAUAGCUUUGGAAAAACGUCAUCGGUCUGCAAGAAGAGUUUGGUUUUAGAAUCCGGCAAGCCAGUACUACUUCCUUUAUAUCCAGGAGAAUGCAACAUCCCUACCACCGAUUAUGAAGCAGAAGAUAGGAUACACAUUCCAGAUGAUAAUACAACAUCAACAACAAAAAUGUCAAGUUUUAUACCAACUCAAGUUGUUAGAGAAGGUAUAAUAGAUAACAACAAUAAAUCAUCAGAAAAGGACGGCAUAUCUUUUAAAAACGCAAUGGAAUUCUUUAACAUACCUUGGACGAAUGACAGAGAAAAUUAUGUAUUAGACGAGACUGAAUCUAGUAGGGCAUUUAAUACCAGACCAGUUAAAAAUGGAUAUCAUGACGGUACUACCAAAGAAAUAGUAGAACCGAUAUUAAAACCACAUUCUAGCAAAAAUGCCAGAUCACACGAUCCCAAUAAAGAAGUAGAAAUAACCGAACCUUUGUUAGGACCUACCACAGAUAAAAACGCUGCUCUUAAAUCUGUAAGUACCACUGCAAAAGAACACGUAGAUAUUAAGACAACGACAAUUCAACCAUUAGAAGAAGAAGAUUCUUCUAUUUGGACACCGAAGAAACCACCUAAUACAAAAAAGGAACCAAAAAAGAGGCAGGAUGAAUCCAGGAUUUUAUCUGGUUUCGAUCAACCGGAAAAACCUGAAAAUCCUAUAGAAGCUAUAGUAAACACAGUGCAGUUCUUGCCUCAGAGGCUUGCCAGGAUGUUUGAGCAGGCUGAGAAAUACGCCAAAGAAACAAUACUGCCAUUGGUUAGUACAUACACUCCAAGAUUCUUAUCAGAAAUUAUAACACCGCAAGAAAGCACAAGCCAGAAAUACGUCCCAUUAAGGUACGAAGAACCUACAACGAGGCCGAUCAUAACAUCCAGGUUGUUGUCUAAUGCAGAACGAUACAGAAAUAAUAAGAAAUUUGAUCCUCCUCCUUCUUCUAUUCAACCAGAAUUCAAAACUACGGAUUUUACUACUCCGGUGACGAAUAUUCAGAAAAUAAGAAGAAAGGGUGAAGCUGAAGAGAACAGGAACAAAGACGUACAGGAACUUGUAGCCGCUGAGUCUCAACACAGGAACGCACAACAGUCAGUAACGCACCUCAAGACGACUCCGAUGCCCAAAGAGGCCAGAAGGGCACCACGGGACGACCUCAAUGUUAGUAGUGGUUCUGGUACUAUUUUAAAUAACGCUUUUGUUGCUUCUACUAAAUCACCAGAUCCCGAUGCCAUUUAUAUUAAUUUACCUGUUUACGAUAAAGAUGAAAAAAAAGUUAAAUAUAUCCCUUUAAAUCACUGAUAACAUUUGGCGAGUGGUUAACCGCAUUAGGUGAACUUAAGUAGUAUAUUUAUUUUAUUAAAAUAAGAGCUGCAUUAUUAAAUAAAAUACGAAUAUACUUUGAAAGAUUUGCAUACUAGCCCGAUCAUGGAACAAUCUGCCCUCAAAAAAAAAAAUAAAAGAAGGAUGAAAAUUUGGGAAUAAGUAGUUGAAAUUGUCUAUUAUUAUUCUCUACUUAUUCUACAUCCCCCCAUUUUACAAAAAUUAGGAAAUAAGGGUUGGUUUUUAUGAAAUAGAAUAGCAUGUAAUAAUAGACAUUUUCAGCUAAGUAUUCGCAGAUUUUAAUUCUUUCUUCAUUUUUUUUAGGUUUCUGUAAAGUUUUGUGUUCUGAUUGGGCUAUACACAUAGACAUAUUAACAAUUUACCAGUGUAAAUUAGGCCACACACAGUGCAAUAAUGUGUCACAAUGUAGUUAUUAUUUUCACAAUUUUGAACUGUCAAUAUUUUUAUUUUAUCAUUUAUUGUUUAAAAACAAUACAGUUGAUAAGAUACCCUAAGUUGCGGAGAAAGUAUUAAUAAUAAAGAUUUUUUAUUCAGUCAAUGGUGUGAGCACUGUCAGUUAAAUAGUAACGUGUGGCCUAACUUUUACACACAUACCUACUUUGGUAAAUGUAUUAUAUUUUUCAAAAUUUUGGAAUGUGUUUAAAUCGUAGAACAAUUUUACCUUUUGAUUUUAAUACAGAUUUCAAUUCUCUACAAGUAUUCUCUCAUGACUUUUGAUGUAAAUAAUUAGGGAAGCAGGAAUUCAAUAAUUUAGAUUUUACAUUGAGUUUCCUAUGGCCCGUUUUACGAUUCACCACCCGGUAUACGCCACACAAGCUAAGAAAAGACAAAGAACGUAUUAACACCGUAACGACAAGAAAAUUGGCUUACUUCCGCCAAAUUAUGCGUAGAUAAUAGUAAAUACUGACCUCCACAGUUGAUUCUACACUACAAGGCAAGAGGCUCUGUCCUCAAUGUGGGUUUCGUGUAGGGAUAAAGGAUUUCUUUAUUUGGAAAGGAUUCAUUGAGUUGUCCCUGUUUAAGAUUUUGUCCUCUUCAGGGUAUGUGUUGAAUGUAGUUAGUGAGGCAGAAAAAGCAAACAUUCCGAAAAAACUCUGGGGCAAGGUGUGAUUGGCCUGAGUGUGUGUGUUGCCAGACGGUGGUGGUUCAGCUGACUGUCAGAGAUCAGAGAAGAGGGUUUGAUGGAAUUGAUGUUGGUUCCAUAGACAAAUGUGUGUACUGUCCGUGCCCUCGACCAAGCUCCCUAGAAACCAUUGUACAAUGGACAGGCAAGCCUGCGUUCUGCGUCGGCGGUCAGGAGGUGGUUUUGAGCAUUGCGUGGACAGUGUGCGUUCAAGUGGUAGAGAAUAGUUGCGGCUAUUUUCUUAGGUCGAACAGGUAUGAAGUGCUAUGAAGUUGGGAAACCGCAAAAAACCAACUUCUCCCUGUUCGGGGUAGGGAAGAGGAGUUAGAAGAGGAGGGUACGGUAGGUUAGCGAAGUAGACUCAAGGAUUUCGUCGCAUUCUGCCGGGAGUUCGUCAAUGCAUGUUUGCAUUAGAGCGGACGGUCAAGAGGCUCUGGAGGUAGACGUACAGCUGGUUCCUAAAAAAACUGAUACGACUUUUAGUAAGAUUUGAUCAUUUUGAGCAGUGUAUGAUUGAUCUGACAUUAUAUCAUAUUUAUUAUGACAGACAAAUAAUAAAAUAAACAAACAAACAGCCAUUUUUGACGUUGAACAGAAUAAGUUAUCUGACAAAUUUUAAGAUUUGGUAGUGACAGUGACAGCAUGUAAAUAAUAAGUAUUUAUCCUUCAAAAUACACUGCUCAAUUUUCUACAAAAUACACAUUAAGAGUCGUAUCAGUUUUUUUGGAACCAGCUGUACAUAUAUACCGGCUGGCCAAUCUUAAGAAGUAGACUGGUCUAACGUCAGCUGAUCUAUUUAAAACUGCUGUGAAUAGAAUAAGAUGGUGUAAUGUGGACGCCAAUAUCACUAGAAGAUAGGCACAUUUAGAAGAAGUACAAUGUUGACGUGGUAUUUCAUGAGACUUUCUACUCAUAUAAAACCUACAUUAAUUGUUAGAUAGUAGUAAAAAACUGUGUAUUUUCUCUAUUUUCUGGUACCUAUUCGCAGUGUGCAAGUACUUGGAAGGGAUACAAGAAACGAUCGUGCUCGAAUAGUGGAGAAAUCUUGUAACCUCCUUAAAUAAUUCAUAAUGUCAAUUGAAAUUGUCAAAUUGACGUAUAUUUCAUACCUACUGUCACUGAAGAAGAAAAAUUAUAUGUUGCUUCACAAUAUUGAUAUGAUAUGAAAUUAUUAGGUAUAUAAAAGUAAAUUUAAUAAACGGUAUUUUGCUUGAAGUACUAUAUUCUAAUACAUAACCUUAAUAUUACUUUUUCUUCUUAUAUUUUUUUUUGCUAUGGCCUUGACAAGUAUCCAGCAA